CCGGCGUCUGUUUUCGCCCAGUUUCCACUCUGCAGCGUUGUUGAUUUGACUUCUAGUUGGCCUGUGCAGCGUCUCAGGGUUUCGCCCUACUCGAUGGCCUUCAACGACGGAGCCUGCGACAGCAAGGGCCGCUUCUUUGCGGGAACGGUGUAUUCUGAAGUACAUGGCGUUCCUGGGAUGUUGUAUAGAUAUGAUCCAACCGAUCGUAGCGUCAAAGUGGUGGAUGAAGGGCCGUUCACAGUGGGUUGCCAUGAUUAUACCGUCACUGAUAUUACCAAGUAUACCGUCUUGCAGGAUUCGAAUGGUUUGGGCUGGAGUGUAGAUGAAAGAACGUUGUGCGUGUGGAUCGUCUAACGAAAGUAAUUCCCUA